AUGGUAUUUGGAAAGAAGAAGACUGUCGAUCAUGAUGAUGAUGACAAUACUCUAGAACUACAAAUUGGUACAGGUAGUUCAGCGUCAUCAGGUGGCCAACAACAACAAACUUUAUCACCAAGUCAGUCAAGAGAUGAUAAGGCAGUUGAACAAGAGUCAAUAUCAAAGAUUAUCAAUAGGGAUAAUAAUCUGACAAAGUCGGCAUCGGACCUCGUCAGUUCAAAGUUGACCAAUGAUAAUAAUAAUAAUAACAAUAAUAAUAAUAUCAAACAAAGAUAUCAAUCACCUUUGGCAAAAGCACAGGAAUUACCUGUACAAGUUGUCAUCCUGAACGAUCAGGAGUCAUCUGUGGACAACAUGGGCGACCCACCUCCCAGCGACGACGAUGAUGAAGAUGACACCAACAAAGAAAAGAAGAAGAGAAAGAAGUUCAAGAACCUCAUUUGUAGUUAUAAUGCAAGAGUCAUCAUGAUACUUGCAGUCCUAUUGAUCAUCACAGGUAUCAGCGUCGUAUGUUAUAUCUUUUGGAAAGAUACCAUUGGCAUACUUAAUCGACCAUUGUUGUGGUGGGCAUUGUACUUGGACGUGUUUAUUAUGACUUAUCUGGUGGCAUCAUGGAUCGUUGGUGGCAUAUUCUCAUUGUUCCAGACCACAUUGUAUCUACAACAACAUAUCUACUACUAUAUACAUGCACUGGUAUUCCCACUCAGCGUUAUAAUCUGGGGCACUGUACUAUUGUUUGUGACCAAGCCAAUGUUGGUGCCACCUGCAUGGACCUACGACGACUUUGAAAAGUACUUCACGACGUUGAAGGCAUUCAUAUUCGUGGCAUUGUUCUAUUGUGGUCGCAUUGCAUUCGUCAAGAUUCUGGCGGCCAAGACCAACAGGAAGGCAUUCUACAGUCUGCUCAAGACAUCAUUGUUGAAUGAAGAGUUGCUGGAGCAGCUGUCAACACGCAAGGGAUCAUUACUGAGUCAAUCAGUGUCUGCCAGUCUCAAGAAGAAGAAAAAGUUGGGCGUGUCACAAUGGAUGGAGAUCUUGAAGAACAGGAACAACCUUAGUGGCAAGCUCCAUUCACGAGCCAGCGACUUCUCACCCAAGGACGCCAAGAAGCUUGCUAAACAGAUCUUAAAGAAUGCUGCGAGGGGCAAGGACUAUCUUGUCAAAGAUGAUCUGAGAGCCUAUGUCAAAGAGAAGCAUCUGGAGAAGACUUACAAUACAUUUGGAUCAUUACUAGAGGAUAGGAUUACCCGAGAUGAUAUAGUCGCAUGGGUACUCAGAGUUGUAAGAUCAAGAAAGACAUUGGAGAAUAGACUAAGAGAUCAUGAUGAUUCAUUGUUGGUACCGAUCAGCACGACAAUACUAGCAUUAUCAUUCGCAUUUGGACAAACACUAAGGAAUAUCUUUGAAUCUCUAAUCCUUAUAUUCUUUGUUCGACCAUUUGAAGUUGGAGAUAAGAUUGCAAUCAAUGAGGAGGUCCUGUUUGUCGAGAGAAUAGGAAUCCUGUUCACAUCUUUUAAGAGUACUGAUGGAAAGGCAGUUUAUGUUCCAAACUCAAACAUGUUGACUGCCAGGAAGAUUGAGAACCAUCAGCGUUCAGAGGAUUGUUGGAUUGGAAUUGAUCUGUUGAUCAACUUCACUACACCAGUCGAGAAACUCUACAUCUUAGAGGCCAAGAUUGACAAAUGGAUCAAGGCACAGCCAGAGAAGUGGAGGAAUGAUCUAUCCCUGACCUUUGUAUCCAUUCAGGGAACAACACAUAUCACAGUACGAUUUGGAGCAUCAAUUAUAUCAUCAUGGCAAGAUGCAAAGAGAUGGAGACCCAUCAAGAAUGAGUUCUACUUUAAGAUGAAGGAAUGGGUCACUGAUCUUGGCUUUGAGACAUAUCCCGCCAAGCAAACGGUCCAACUUCUCAACUACCCAUCAUCACGAGGUAUCACCGAGAACAUACCAAUCGAUCAGCAUGCCACUCCAUUCCAGAGAUAA